GAUUUAGAGUUAAGCUGUAGAGCAAGUGUGGGUCUCAACAGAAGUGGUGCAGGGUUUGUGAAAGAGACUCUUGCUUUCGGUCUAGUCUUGAAUGAUCGCUCUUCAUGGCUGUGAGGGAGAUUUGUGUUUGGAGAGGGCUCAUUUUAGCCCUUUUCCUCUUUGCUGUUGAUGGGCAGAAAAGGCCGUUAUUCAUGGUGACGUUCCCUGCAGUGAUUGAAUCUGGAUCUGAUGCCAAAUUGUGUGCAAGUCUUCUUAAACCCCAAGAGAGUCUCACAAUGACUGUUUCCCUGCUUGAUGACGAACAUGGGAUGACUCAACUUGUGCAGCAAGUUUCUUCAAAGCCAUUUCACAGCUGCUUUUGUUUCCAGGCUCCUCAAGUGGAUAAAGAGUCUGUUCAGAUGCUGAAGGUAGAAGUUCAAGGGAAGGUCUUUAGAGCGACUGAGGAGAGGAAGGUCAUGUUUAGACGUUACUUGCCUUUGACCUUCAUCCAAACAGACAAACCCAUCUACAAUCCAGGACAAACGGUGAAUUUCAGAGUUGUCACCAUGGAUGCCAAAUUUUUGCCUCUCGAUCAGAUGUACAAUCUGGUGGUGGUGGAGGACAAUCAGAAAAACCGGAUUGGUCAGUGGACAAACAUUUCCUCAACGGACUGGAUAUUGCAGCUUUCUCAUGAGUUAAACCCAGAGGCUCAGUUAGGGAUGUACAAUCUAAAGGCUUUUAUUGGCGAGCAAAUGAUAUCCCAGGUUUUUGAGGUGAAAAAAUACGUUUUACCCAAGUUUGAUGUGACCGUAAACACACCACAGAUGUACAGCGUUGGAGAUGUGGGACUGAAAGUUGAGGCUUGUGCCAAAUACACAUAUGGCCAACCUGUACCUGGUGAAGCCUUGGUGGAAGUAUGCCGUGAGCCGUUUUCAUACAUCAUGGCUCCUGAGUUGACCCGUUGGUGUCUGAAUCAAACCACAGAGAUGAAUGCCACUGGCUGUGCCUCCCUUACCGUCGAUACUUCAAUGUUUUUCAACACCAAAUAUGAAAAUAAAAUGAAAGAUACUCUUCUUGUAAAUGUGAACGUCACUGAGGAGGGAACAGAUGUAAUGAUGUCAAAAUCUGCAACAGUGUCCAUUACUUUUGAAGUCGGUAAAGUCACGUUUGUGGACCUCCCAGAUCAUUUUGAUCCUGGAUCAAUGAUUAAUGGAAAGAUUUCUGUGUCUCGUUUCGAUGGUACUCCAAUUGCAAACAAAGUGGUCCAUCUCCUACAUGGUAACAGCUGGCCCAACAAACUGCUGCAGAAUCUGACCACAAACCAGGAUGGUCUGGCUAAGUUCUCUCUCAACACUGCUAAACUUCCUAAAGCUGCUCUCAAUCUGGUGGCGAGUGUGACUCCAGGGGUUGUUAAUAGUUACAAAUUGCCAUACUUCACUUCAGAUACAAGGGUUGUUCAGCUUCUCCAUCCUGAUUCCUCCAGUAACCCAUCUAGUGAACUGACUAUAGUGAAGCUCGAGCAGCCGCUUAAAUGUGGUGCUACGUUUCCAGUGACCGUGAAGUAUUUAUUUGUUGGAGAGGCUGGUGACUACAGCACUGACAUUGUCUAUAUGGUUUUGUCCAGAGGAUUGAUCGUCCUCCAUGGAUUUGAGACUGUCAAAGCAAAGGCUUGUGAUUCGGUAACUAGCGGCUCAGUAUCGUUCCAGCUAUCCGUCAAUGGCGAUAUGGCUCCAGUAGUGCAGAUUCUGGUCUUCUGCGUUCUGCCCAGUGAGAAUGUAGUGGUUGGUAGUGCGUUGUUUGACACCGAAACAUGUCUCCAAAACCAGGUGUCUCUACAGUUCUCUCCUGCUACGGCAGUUCCAGCUGAAGAAAAUGUUCUGACGGUCUCUGCUGAUGCAGGAUCUCUGUGUGGCAUCAGUGCUGUAGAUCAGAGCAUCCGGAUCAUGGAGCCAGGAAGACGCCUGAGUGCUAAAAUGGUGUUAGACUUGCUCCCGGUGCGAUCGCUAGCAGGUUACCCAAAAAAUGUCCAGGAUGAACCAGAGUGUCUAGGCUUUCGACCCCGUCCAGCAAUUCCAAUAAAUCCUCCCUCCAUUGCUCCUACAAAUCAAGCCUACACAACCUUCAAGAGUAUGGGAAUGAAGAUCGCAACAAAUCUCCCUGUACGAGCCCCUCCGUGCCCGUUGUUUCCCAGAUUCCCAGAAGUGAUGAGGUUUCGUGGUGGUCCUAUGCCCAUGGCUGCGGAAGCAAGGCCUAUGGCAAUGGCUUCUCCUGAAAUGGCUUCUCCAGAAGACGAAGUUCCCCCUCCAGCAGAUUCUGCAGUUUCUGCUUCUGUAGUGACUGUCAGGACUUAUUUUCCAGAAACAUGGCUCUGGCAGCUUGCUCAAGUGGGAGACACUGGAUCCACAGAAGUUCCCCUCACUGUUCCUGACACCAUCACCACAUGGGAGACCGAGGUGUUCUGCCUGUCCUCUAAAGGUUUUGGUCUGGCUCCUCCUGCUCUGCUGACGGUCUUCCAGCCCUUCUUCCUGGAGCUCUCCCUGCCGUACUCCAUAGUCCGUGGAGAGUCUUUUGAACUGAAGGCCACGGUCUUCAGCUAUCUGUCCAAGUGCAUCAUGGUUAAAGUAACUCCAGAGUCAUCCACAGCCUUCUCCCUAAAACCAUCUACUGAACCAUAUUCAUCUUGUCUUUGUGCUAAUGGGAGAAAGACAUUCAAAUGGGUUCUAUCAGCUUCAGUUCUUGGAGCCGUCAAUGUGACUGUCAGUGCUUCAGCUGAACCAUCCCGGACCCGAUGUGGCACUGAGGUUGUGACUGUGCCGACGAGAGGACGCAUUGACAUAGUCACUCGAAGUCUACUUGUCCUACCUGAAGGAGUUGAACGGACCAACACCCAGAGUUGGCUACUGUGUCCAAAGGGAAAAGUUCUUUCUGAAGACGUGUCUCUGACGUUUCCAAAAAAUGUGGUUCAAGGGUCAGCCAGAUGUUCAGUUUCAGUCCUUGGGGACAUAAUGGGUCGUGCGCUGAAGAAUCUGGAUCGGUUAUUACAGAUGCCGUAUGGCUGUGGAGAACAGAACAUGAUUGUUCUUGCUCCCAAUAUUUACAUCCUGUUGUAUCUGGAAGUCACGGAUCAGCUCACCGCAACCAUCCGAGAGACCGCCACAGGCUUCCUUCAGAGCGGAUACCAAAGACAACUGAACUACAGACACAACGAUGGUUCUUACAGCACCUUUGGUAAUGAUGAAUCAAAUACAUGGUUGACUGCCUUUGUCAUGAGGACUUUUGGUCUAGCGAGGCAGUUUAUCUUCAUUGAUCCACAUGUCCUGCAGAGUGCAAAGGAUUGGUUGAUCAGCAAACAGGGUUCAGACGGUUGUUUCAUUCAGCAGGGAACUCUGCAUCACGUUGACAUGAAGGGUGGAGUUGGUGAUGAGGUGACCAUGACCGCCUACGUUGUUGCAUCGCUGCUUGAACUAGGUGUCCCCACCACGGAUCCCGUAAUUACCAACGGUCUGUCAUGCUUGAGGCCUGUUGUUGGCAACCUGGGAAACACUUACGCCACGGCUCUUCUGGCCUACACCUUCAGUCUUGCUGGAGAGACCACCACUCGAUCACAGCUUUUAGCUAGCUUGGAAAACAAUGCAAUUUCUAAUGGUACUAAGCUCCAUUGGUCUCAGACGACAUCUGGUGAUACUCUGGCGGUGGAGAUCAGCUCUUACGUGCUGCUAGCAGUUCUCGCUGUUCAGCCUCUCACAACGGCUGAUCUGGGCUAUGCUAACCGCAUUGUCAACUGGCUCGUGAUCCAGCAGAAUCCCUAUGGAGGCUUCUCCUCCACCCAGGACACAGUGGUGGCUCUUCAUGCCCUGUCUGUGUACGCUGCUCAAGUGUUCAGUUUGGACGGCUCCAGCUCUGUUACCGUACAGUCCUCUGUGGGAGAAGACUCACACAGCUUCAAAGUGAAUCGGGACAACAGGCUGCUGUAUCAGGAGAAGCGGCUGAAGAACGUUCCCGGCAAAUAUAGUGUUAAAGUAUCAGGAUCCUCUUGUGUGUCUGUGCAGGUUGCGUGUUUCUACAACAUCCCGACACCUGCUAAAGACUCCAAAAAACUUAGUGUUGCCGCAAAGGUGACUGGAGACUGCCAACAGCUUGAAGUCAAUCUCAUGUUGGACUUCACGGUGAAGUACAAUGGUGUAAAAGCAAGCACAAACAUGGUUAUCGUGGACAUUAAGCUCCUGUCAGGCUUCAAGGCAGAUACCUCACUGCUCGGUUCUUCACCCCAAUCGUUUGCUCCGCUAGUGGAGCGGGUUGAAUCUGAAGAUGAUCAUGUCUUGGUGUAUCUGAAAGAGGUUCCCAAAGGCGUCCCCAUGAGUUACACUCUGCAGCUGAAACAGGUUCUUAAAGUGAACAAUCUCAAACCAGCAGUCAUCAACAUUUAUGACUACUAUGAGCCAAGUGAUUCGUUCGAGACCACCUAUACGUGUCCCUGUCCAUGAUUGUUUCAGUACUGGCUGUAGGACAUGUGACUUAAAUAAAACUGCUUUUAUACAA